AAAAGAAGAAGAACUACGUCAUCGCGUGUUGUAAACACGCUUGCGCAUAAGGAUCUUUUGCAAGACGAAGAACCGAAUCGCGAAUGGUUCAUCCUGCGCGUUUUACCCAAGAAGAGGGAACUUCUAUCCAACUCUCACUUACUGGAAAUGAAGGGGCAACAAAAAAGCCCAGAUCAUGACGGGAACGGCCCUGUUAUUGAAGAGGGAGCUGUGGCCACAGCAGAAGACCCAUCAGCCAUUGCUACCAUCCAGUCAGCAACUACCUUCUCUUCGGAGCAACCAAUCAAAUACCUCUUCAAGACAGAGGGAGCUGGGGGGCAGGUAGUAAAGGAGCUGUACCCUCCCACUACACAGGUGACGUACCGGGUGAUCCAGGUGUCUGAUGGGCAGUUGGAGGGUCAGGCGGAUGGAGCCACAGCUGUCAGUGUGGUGACGGGGUUUCCUGCUUCUACACAGCCGGUCACCCAGGCGGUGUUUUCCCAGUCUGAAGGUCUGGAGGGAGACGGCUCUGAGACUCACUACACCUACUACCCUGCCACCAUAUCGGACGCCGCCCCUGGCGCCAUGGUUACGAGCGUACAGGCCCCAGACACCCUGCUCAGUCAGAACACACCCACAGGGCAGUUGUAUGUGAUGAUGUCACCUCAGGAUGUUCUGGCCGGGUCCAGUCAGAGAUCCAUUGCGCCCGUCACACAGACUUACAGCACUAAAUCGGAUACCCCACGGACCUCUCGAGACGACAAACGAAGAGCCCAGCAUAAUGAAGUUGAACGCAGGCGGAGGGACAAGAUCAAUAACUGGAUUGUCCAGCUGUCCAAGACCAUUCCGGACUGCACCAUGGACUCCACCAAGACAGGGCAGAGCAAAGGGGGGAUCCUGUCCAAGGCCUGCGACUACAUCCAGGAGCUGAGGCAGAACAACGGCAGGCUGGUGGAUGAGCUCAACACGCUGGAGAGGCUACGGAUGGACAACCAGCUCCUGCGGCAAGAGGUAGAGGACUGGAAAUCCAAGAACCAGAUUCUGAGGAACCAGCUACGACAGCACGGCAUUGUGGGAGUGGCCAGUACAGAGCCGCAGUGAGACGGGAAGGCGAGGGAGAGGGAGGGGCGAGAGGGCGAGAUGGUGCUGAGACAGUCAUACGCAUUGGCUCAUCAGAACAGAUGAUGAGAUCCAGGAAGGGACUCCCUGGCUGGCUGCAGUACCGGAUCCACCAUGUAGAUUACAAUAUUUUUAUGUGUUACUCAAGACGCCGCUUUGCUUCCAUAGGUAUGAAACAACAUUAGCAAACGUAUGCCCAACAUAUGGGCUUUGAGAAGACUCAAAACUGAAGCAAAUAUUUUUUUCCCUGUGUGUAUUUAAUUUUUUUCCUUUUUUCUCAUGCCGUUCAUGAACAUUGUAAACUUUUUGGUACUGCCUGAUCUUUUCUAAAGAUGUUCACUCCAGGACCUGUGUUCAGUGUGGUCAUUGUCGGUUUUUAUCAAUCAGUUGGGGGGGGGGGGGGGGGUGUUCUUCAAUGGUUUCCCUUCAUAUGUACUGAUUUGUGUUAGCGAGAACCUACUCAUCUGCUUUGAGCACCAUUUUGUGUGGAGCCUAUAAAAUGGUAAAGUGGGAUGCUUCUUUCCAGCAGAUAUUAAUUCAAACCCACGAUUAGUGCCUGAAAGAUCCCCGGUCAGGCCAGCGGUUGUCCUUUGUGUGAAGUGAGGCGGCUUCAGGCGGGUGUGAUGGACUUCAAGGGCCUGGACCUGUACAGAAACUAUGGUAACUGUAGGAAGAAUGAUUGAAAUGGCUGUGCGGCUAUUGUCCAUAAACGCUCUUGUGGCCUCUGCAGGUGAAUAUGGUGGGCUGUCUGAGCUACAGCAGUGCUCUGAGUGCCACGCAGCUCGGGUGCCAUUUCUCAUGCUUUCCGAGUACCGUUUCUUCAUGUACUUCACCCACAUCAAGACUAAAUAAAUGUAUGUAUGUGCCAGUUUGGGGGUUCCCAUCGUUUUGUUGAUGUUGUUGUAUUAUUUUUGUUUGUGCUCGUCUACCAAAUCAUGUUUCAGUGCAUGGAACUGUUUAUUGGUCGGGACAAUAAACAUUACUGUCAUUCUAUUAAAUGUAACUCCAUAUAA